UGGAAACGCUAUUAUUCACCAACAGCAGGUCCAACUUCCAGCCUGAAGUUGAUCUUCCCAACCUGAUGUAGCAUACAUUAUGGUUCAUGUUAACUUGUUUAAAAAAUGGAUGUAUGUCCUUCUUGCAUUUCUUAUAGUUCUGUCUAUUUGUGUAUGGAAGGAAACACGAAAAGGUUAUUAUGUUUCUUUAAAAGUAGAAAGCUCAACUAAGCAAGUACACAUGAUACUGUGGAAAUGGAAUAUUCCAAAACAAGGAAACAUCCAGCAUAAAGCGGACAAUGAUUCUAGCACGGUCUUUUGGUCAACCAAAGCAUCCCACAUCAAAACAAAAGAAAAAAAUUCUGUAACACAAACAGGAAGUAAUUUAGUAACAAACCCCCAAAAGCCAGCAGGUUCCGUAAAAGUGUGGAACAAAGACACUUCAUCCAAAAAUCUCUCCCCUAGACUGCAAAAGGUGAGGAAAAACUACCUGGCUAUGAACAAAUACUAUGUGAAUUACACUGGACGAAGAAAUGCUGCUAAACUCAGCCCUGAGAAACUGUUGUGCCAACUCCGGGAACGAUUGGAUUUUCACAUGAUACAGGCAUCAGAUGGUCCUUUCAAUACAUCAGAAUGGGAAACCUACCUGCCAAGGAGAAACAUCAGCAUGGAACUGGGACAACUGGGCCAGUGUGCAGUGGUGUCCUCAGCAGGAUCCAUGAAGUCUUCCUACUUGGGACCAGAAAUAGACAGCCACAAUGCAGUGUUGCGUUUUAAUGGGGCACCUACCAAAGGGUUUCAGGUUGAUGUAGGGGUAAAAACGACAAUACGUCUACUCAAUUCCCAGAUUCUGACUGUUGAAGAACAAAAAGUUAUUACAGACCCACAAUAUAACACUGGAACCUUAAUUGUGUGGGAUCCUGCACCCUAUCAUGCAGAUAUCCAUGAGUGGUACAGAAAACCAGAUUACAGUUUCUUUAGCAGCUACAAAAAAUAUCGAGACACACACCCAGAGCAACCUUUUUACAUCCUGAACCCCUAUUUGCAGUGGCAACUUUGGGAUAUCCUUCAAGAAAACUCACCAGAGGAUAUCCAGCCAAAUCCACCCUCUUCAGGAAUGCUCGGCAUUGUUAUCAUGAUGCACUUGUGUGACAAAGUGGAUGUUUAUGAGUUCCUUCCUUCCAAAAGGCAAACAGACGUUUGUCAUUAUUUCCAGAAGUUCUUUGACCAAGCCUGCACCAUGGGUGCCUACCACCCACUGCUCUUUGAGAAGAAUAUGGUGAAGCACCUUAACCAAGGCACAGAUGAAGACAUUUACCUUCACGGAAAAGUGACUCUAAGUGGCUUGAGGAAUGUACAGUGUUAGGAGAUUGAAUCCCUCAAAUACUAGGCUCAGAUCUGCUUGAGUUGCA